AUGAAGAAACUGGCAGUCUAUACCCUGGCAAAAAAGAAAAGGGCCUCAGAUUCACUGCUGCCACUAUCCAUCUUUGAAAGUAGCAGAAGACCCCACCGCAAAAAACCAAAACCGUUCAUCUACAAAAAGGAUCACGACGAUGCUGACCAACUAAUCAAGAUUCCAUCUACCAAGUCACAUACAAAGUCGUCUAACUCGGUUGCGCUGCUGGCAUUUGACAAAUUGGAUAAGCUCCUAUCUUCAAAGUCUGCGAAUACAACCCCGACUCGGAAGCAGGAGUCCUUCAGCUCACUUCCCUCAGAUAUCCUUCAGGGAAACUUCCACCACCUAAAUUCAGACAAAGUCAAGGAAAAGUACAAAAACACGAAGUUCCCGUUACCCAAUUCCAAGACCAUGUUGAAAAAUCGCACUCUCGAACACAUUGACAUCAUUCCUAGGAUCCUCGCCGGCGAGGAGGAGCUCUCUUUCUACUACACUUUGGCUCUGGAACAAAGGAAGAUGCUGAAUCACUCCACCAUGACACUGGAGGAGCGCUGGGACAUUAAAUGGGAGAAAUAUAUAGGUGGAUUCUACGGGCUCCAACGGCAGCUGUUUAUCUCGACGUUGCUCCAGAACAAAUACAGUGAGUUACUAUCGAAGUCACUGAAUAAGACUGUCAAGUACUGGACUCCCGACAUGUUUUCCACGUAUGUUUUAGCCAAUGAGAUCAUUUUGAAGCUAGUCAUGGAGGAUAUGGGGCUUCUGAAGCCCGACGCCGAGAAGCUCAUGAAGGAUACGGUGGAUUACGGAUGUAAGGUAGCAGACGACAUAGACUUCCACGAUGAUUUGGAGUUCGAGGAGAUAAUUUAA